AUGUCGAAUCGCACGCCCACGGCAGGCGCCAAGAAGAGAGGCGUCACGCCACCGGUCUCGCCCUACAAGGCUCCCGGCAGCAGCGGCGAUGCCUCGCCCUCUCGAUCCACGGCACCAUCCAAAUCGCCAUUAACUCCAUCUUCAUCACUGCCGCAGCGGCUGGAGCCCUACACGGAGCGCGAGGCCAAGAUCGAGCGCGAGCGCCGACGUGGUCUGGUCUUCGUCCACCUUCGCACGCUCCAGCGGCUGGGCGUCGUCAUCGGCGACCCGGUCGCGCUCCACGUGGCCAGGCCGGACGCCUCCGGCCAGGCGGGCGUGGUGGUGGGCCAGGCGUGGGUGGGGUCCAACGUGGGCGAGGACGAGGUGCACGUCGACCCGCUCAUGGCCGACAACUGCGGCGCCAAGUUCGGACAGCUCGCCCUCCUCCAGCCGCUCGAUCCUCACGGAGCGCCAGACGGGAAUGCGGCAGAGCGCCCGACCGUCAGGGUGGCGGUGGUGGGAGCGUCCGAGGUGGCGGUGAUGCCGCUCUCCCCGCCUCCGCCGCAGGCGUUGUCCGCACCCUCCGAGGGCGGGGCCACCGCCUCUACCGGCUCGCCUGCCACAGGGGGCAACAGUGGGCGGCCGCUCGACGAGUUUCUCAAGACGUGGAUCCGCCAGAACAUCGUGGGGCGGUACUUUGCCAGGGGCCACCUCUUCACGAUCUCCUACUACGGACACCAGCAGACGUUCCGGGUGGAGGACAUCCUGCCCCGCCUGACGACCCCGACAACGACGACGACGACGACUACCUCUUCCGGUUGUGACGAUCGAGUCGUGGAGUUUGGCCGGAUAACGGACGCCACUUCCUUCAAGUACGCCAGCCACGCACCACCGACGAAGGCUGCUGAUGCCGAGAACGACGGCAGCGACACGAGCACGAGCACGACGGACACGGAGGAGGGCGCACGGCCAGAGGGUGGCGGCGAGCCCGCGGGCAAGAGCAAGCACGGAACGACUGCGGAGUUGGACUAUGGCAGCAUCGGCGGCCUCAAGCGAGAAAUCGACGCCGUCCGGGAGGUGGUGGAGCUCGCCGUCAACUCCCCCAAGCUGUUCACCGAAUACGGGCUCGCCCCGCCCAAGGGCAUUUUGCUGUACGGCCCGCCGGGAACGGGGAAAACGCUGAUCGCGCGCGUCGUCGCACAGCAGUCCGGCUGCCGCGUGUACGUCAUCAACGGACCCGAGGUCAUCUCCAAGUACUACGGCGAAAGCGAGGCCAAGAUACGCAACCUGUUCAAGGAGGCGGCCGACAACGCUCCCGCACUGGUGUUCAUCGACGAGAUCGACGCCAUCGCUGGUAAACGCGCGGACGCGGCGAGCGAGAUGGAGAACAGAGUGGUGGCCACCCUGCUCACUGUGAUGGGCGGCAUGGAGGCCAACGAUCGGGUCGUCGUGAUAGGCGCCACCAACAGACCCGACGCGCUCGACCCGGCCCUGCGCCGACCAGGGCGAUUCGACAGAGAAAUCGAAAUAGGCAUUCCGACGGCCGAGGACCGGCACGAGAUUCUCAAGGUCACCCUGCGAAGGAUGCCCCAUGCGCUCUCCCCCGCCGACAUUCAACAAUUUGCCGCCGCCACGCACGGAUUUGUCGGCGCGGACCUGGCUGCCCUUUGCCGUGAGGCGUCGCUGUUGUCGCUGAAUCGCCUGUCGGCCCAGCUGUUCGCCUCGGCGGGGGCUCCCGGCGAAGAGGAGCUCCUCUCGCUCGACACGCUGGUCAUCACCGCGGAGGAUAUGAGCAGCGCGCUCAAGGUCGUCCGCCCUUCGACUCUGCGCGAGGUGCUGGUCGAUGUGCCCAAGGUGCAAUGGAGCGACAUCGGCGGGCAGGACGACACCAAGCAGAAACUCAAAGAAGCCGUCGAGUGGCCCCUCAAGCAUCCCGAGGCGUUCAAGCGGAUGGGUAUCCGACCACCACGCGGCAUCCUCCUGUACGGCCCGCCGGGCUGCAGCAAGACGCUUAUGGCCAAGGCCCUCGCCACCGAAUCCGGCGCCAACUUCAUCGCCGUCAAGGGCCCAGAGCUGUUCAGCAAGUGGGUGGGCGAGUCCGAGCGAGCCGUGCGCGAAGUGUUCCGCAAGGCCCGCGCCGCGGCUCCCUGCAUCAUCUUCUUCGACGAGAUCGACGCGCUGGCCGUGCACAGAGGCGGAGGGGAUGAGGGAUCGUCGGGAGUGGCCGAUCGGGUGGUUUCCCAGUUGUUGACCGAGAUGAACGGCAUCGAGGAGCUCAAGAAUGUAACCGUGGUCGCUGCUACCAACCGACCCGACAUGAUCGACAAGGCGCUCCUUCGCCCGGGGCGUAUUGACCGCAUGCUCUACGUCUCGCCACCAGACGCGCCCUCGCGCGAGCGCAUCUUCCAGAUCUUCCUCAACAAGACACCCCACGCCGACGACAUUGCGCUGCCCAAGCUCGCCGAGCUCACAGAAGGGUAUUCGGGUGCUGAGAUAGCGGGAGUGUGUCGGGAAGCGUGCAUGUGCGCGAUGAGGGAGGACCCCACGGCGCAGGUGGUGAAGCAGACGCACUUCGUCGCGGCUAUUGCCAACACCUCGCCCCGCAUCACCCCCGAGAUGGUGGCCUUCUACGACCAGUUCCGACGCUCCUGCCACAUCGAGAACAUAUGA